AUGGCAGCGCCGGCGAACGACCACAGCGGUGGCAGCGAGCAGAGCCAGAGCGGCAGCCCGGGGUCCUCGGCGGGAGCCAGCGAGGGCACGCGAGCCGGGGGCGCCGCGGAGGCAGCCCGGGACGGCGGGGGCGCAAGAGUCCGGGGCGUGGCGGCGGCAGCCCUCAGCCACACACCGCUUGAGGACUACGAGUGCAAAAUCUGCUACAACUACUUUGACGCGGACCGGCGCGCGCCCAAACUGCUGGCGUGCCUACACACCUUCUGCCAGGAGUGCCUGAGCCAGCUGCAGCUCCGCGCCAUCGCCGCCGCCGCCAGCGCGCCUGAGCGCCCGCCGCGCCUGUCGCCCUGGCACGGCCCGCCGGGCGCCAUCGCGUGCCCGGUGUGCCGCCACCGCACGCCGCUGCCCAACAGCAGAGUGCACGGCCUGCCCAACAACACCAAGCUCGCCGAGGCCUGCCCGCUGGCGCUGCGCGCCGCGCACGACCCGCUGCCCCAGGACCGCCUCCCGCCGCUGCCAGCGCGCCGUCCCGCUCCCGCACCAGCCCCGCAGCCAACCGCUGCUCCGCCGGCUGCCGCUGCUCCGCCAGACGCCGCUGCCCCUCCGCAGCCGCGGCCGCCGCCGCCUGCCCAGGACACUGCCCGAGAGCCGCGCGUCCGCGCCGGCCUGCGCGCCCCGGGCGCCUACGAGAGCUGCCAGAAUUGCAAGCGCGCCGCGCUCACAGCUGGCUGCGUAUGCGUUGUCUUCUCCUUCCUCUCCAUGGUGGUGCUGCUCUUCACUGGCCUCAUCUUUGUCAACCACUACGGGAGUGGCGGGGGACUCCCCGGCGGCGGGGCGCCUCCCGGCGCGGCCCCUGCAGCCAGCUCGCCCUCGCCGUCUCCCGUGGGCCCUAUAUGCCUGUCAGUGGCCAGCAUCCUGGCGCUGUUCUCGGUCAUCGUAACCUGGGUCAUCUGCUGGCUCAAGUAUCGGCCCGAAGGUGCUGCUGGAGGCUCGAGGAGGGGCGGUGGCCCGAGGGCACGGGCGGCGCGCGGCGCGCGGAGGAGCGACACUUAG